AGAGCUCAGCCCUGAGGUGCUGGGUCCGAGCGGGGGCCGUGAUUCCUGUCCCCACAUUGCCACAAAAUAUUACAAAUAUUGCCACAAUUGCCCUCAUGUGUCACACAGUGCCGGUAUUUAAGUCUCAUGAAGUCUCAUGAAUUGAGGUUGCAGUUACCUAAGAGCAAUUUUGUUGGUGUUUGCUGUUUCUUUUCGGAAACAGGUUUGAAGUUUUCCAGAUAGCCCUCGGCUUCUAUAGCUUACUGUAAAGAGUCCAAACCCAGGACAAACGAAAUUAAUUGAAUCAAUAACUGUUCCAUGCUGUGGAGGUUUUCCAUGGCUGCAGCAUUUCUGUGCAGGGUACUCCUGAGCAGGAUUGGAUAUUCCAGGUCUGACAGGCUGUGGUUGGCAUGAGGAACAGGGAUAUAUCCCAUCUCUAAAUGAGUCUCUAGGGGCACAAACACUAGGAGGGUAUCAAAUGUUGCUUGCAGGAACUAAGCCCAAACCAAAAUCAGGUGGUUCAUCAGUCUGUAGGUAUUGUGGAAUUCCUUGCCAAAGGAUGCAAAGGCAAAAGAGUUUCUAACAGACACUGGAGGAAGGAUCUGUUAAGGUUCAACAAGAGGCAAACCACAUUUGGUCAAAGGCAGAGAGCACUUGGCAUAUGUGUGUGCUCUGUACACACAUAUUUUCCUGUGGCAGCAGUUUAUUCCCACUUUGGGUGACAAUGGACUGGUUAAACUUUUGGUCUGAACAACUGUGGUUAUCCUUAUGUUAUCCUCCAGGUUAUCCUCCUGAAGUUUCCUGGAUGUCCAGUAAGGAAUUACCCAGUAUGUCUUCACUAACAGAGAAGGACAGACCAAUUGUUCAGCUGUUACUCAACACUGGCACUUGCCCCCGAUGUAUUUUGAGGUUCUGCAGYGUGGGAUCACAGAUGCUUUACAGGCACCCACACCAGAAUCUGAUGAAGGAUUUAAAGGAAUUUCUGAAAAACAAUCAGGAAAAAGAAGACACAGUCUKUUUGGAUGUGGUUGACCCACCUUGUAAGAGAAUCAGACUUGAGUACAGUGAAGAAGGCGCUGAUGAUCUGAACCACAACGGAGCCAUCCCACAGAUUCCCUCGGCUGAUGAUGGAAAUGCUGCAAUGGAGAGCUCAGCUGUGAAGGUUUGCAACGUGUGUUUGGGAAUUCUUCAGGAGUUCUGUGAGGCUGACUUUGUUAAAAAGGUGUGCCAAAAAGUUAAUUCUGCUGACUACCAGUUCACUAGUUUUGUAUUUUCUGUGUCACUACCCCCACAGCUGUCUGUCAGGGAGCGUGCUGCUUGGCUGGGGGUGAAGCAGGAGAUGAGAAAUCUGGGGCUUCCCUUGGCAAAGGAUGACAUUGUUCAGCUGAARGAAGCUUAUAAGUGGAUUAUUCAUCCCCAGUUGUCAGAAGAGUUGGGCGUUUCUGCUGAUGGAAAGAGUUUGUUUGAAAUUAGUGUGAUCUUUGCUCACCCAGAAACAGAUGAGGAGUGCCAUUUCCUAGCCACAGCCUGCCCAGACUGUUUCAAACCAGCGAAGAACAAACAGUCUGUUUUUACCAGAAUGGCAGUUAUAAAAGCCCUGGAGAAGAUAAAAGAAGAGGAUUUUCUCAAGCAUUUUCAAUGUCCCCCAAGUUCACCAAAGACCCUCUGUGAUGCACUGGAAAUCCAGUGCAAUAACGGUGCAGUUUUUGUGGCUGGAAGAUACAACAAAUACUCCAGGAAUUUACCUCAGACUCCMUGGAUUAUUGAUGGGGAGCGGAAGCUGGAAUCUUCAGUGGAAGAACUGAUUUCAGAGCAUCUAAUGGCAGAAUUCAAGGCAGACAGCUUUAAUUUUUCCUCCUCUGGAAGAGAAGAUGUGGAUGUAAGGACACUAGGCAAUGGAAGGCCCUUUGCAAUCGAGCUGGUGAAUCCUCGUAGGAUACGUUUCACUGCGGAGGAGAUGAAGAGGCUGCAGCAGGCAAUUAAUGACUCUUCAGACAAAAUACAGGUUCGAGAUUUACAGCUUGUCACCAGAGAGGCAAUUGGUCGUAUGAAGGAAGGUGAGGAGGAGAAGACAAAGACCUACAGUGCCUUAAUAUGGACAGAUAAAGCAAUAGAGAGAGAAGACAUCGCAUUUCUGGAUGAUAUCAAGGAAUUGAAGCUGGACCAGAAGACCCCGCUCCGUGUUCUCCACCGGCGGCCUCUGGCCGUGCGGUGCCGGGUCAUCCACACCAUGAAAUCCGAGUACAUCGACGAGCACCACUUCCGCCUGCACCUGAAGACUCAGGCAGGAACCUACAUUAAGGAGUUUGUGCAUGGAGACUUUGGAAGAACGAAGCCCAACAUUGGGUCCCUUCUGAACAGAACUGCUGACAUUCUGGAGCUGGAUGUGGAAUCUGUUGAUGUUGACUGGCCUCCAACCCUGGCUGAUUAACUUCUGGAGCUGGGAUGAGGAAGCAGCAGCUGGUGACCAGACACUGUGCAGUGUUACAGCCUGGGUGCAAAGGGUGUCCCUGGAACGUUUGGAUCAUGUUGAUCUGCCAGAGGAUACCCUUGGACUAUAUUUUACAUACUCUGGACCAGGUAGCAUUGGUUCAAUCUCUAGCCUUACUUUUAUUUCUUCUGUACAUAAAAGAAUUUUGGGAAGCCAGUGUAUAUAGCCCUCCAUCAAGCAAGAUUUUAUUUUAAACUCUUUUUCUGUUGCAUACUGCAGCUUUUCUUGUGUGGAUGCAGGUAGCACUGAGUUAUCUGAAAUCCAUUCCCAGCUUUUGCUGAGCAGUUUGUGCAGGAAAUCCCAAAAACCAGGGAGACUGCAGCCAGCAGGACGGUGCCUGGAGCAAGUUUCCCUGAGACACUGACUGCUUUUUGCUCAAUGUCAGUAGAGAUGAGCAAAGAACUACUUUUCAAAGGGGAAAUUUUUCUUUUCAGAGGAAAACUUAGCACUUAAAACCAGGUUUUUCUCAUCUAAAAACAUCAGGGAUGCUUCCUAGAAACAACAGUUGAGGCCUCAUCAGCCCUCUUGAGGAGUAGGAAUUCCCCAGUGAGUCACCAUAUAUAAAAAGAUUGGGAACUCCUGGGAGUGGUGCAUGAUGGGAAUCUAAAGAAAAACAGGAAUACCAAGAAUUGCAAAGUGCAGGCAGAAACAAAAGGUACCACAGGAUGUUGGUAUUAAGAGACAGACAGAUAAAAAGCUAUUAUUGAGCAGCAUAMUACAUUUUUUCUAGUACCUCACCUUGGACGGAUGCCUGGAAGAGUUAAACACAGCUUAGGAACUUGCCUGGAACAGGGAAAAUCUGAGUUUUUGCUUACUUUAAAUGUUUCAUACUAAGUUCCACCUAACAUCUUUAGGAAGUAAUUUUUUAUACCAAUGUCAUGUUAAUGAAUUAGGAAGGUACUUUCCYGAAGUACAGAAGAUAGUUUUACAUUAAACAAAAAAUUAAAGUUUGGCAUUUCAGAGCUCUUUCUUAACAUUUUGGGAAUAAAGAGRGUAAUAUUUGCCAAGACAAGUGACUGUCUGGGGACAGGGAGGAUGACUGGGGUGUUUUCCCUUGAAUUCAGUGCUGCCAGGACCUCAUGCUAGAACAGCUCCAUGAGAGCAUAAACUAGAGGCUCUAAAAGUGUUACUAAAUGCAUGUUUAAGGAGCUCCUUUAAGGUUCUGUCUGUGCUAGACUGUCAAAACUUGUCUGUAACGUAAGUACUUCAGAAGCUCCUGUUUUUCUAACAGGAUUUGAUUCAGACAGCCACAUUAUUUUUGGUUUUAAUUUUAAUAUUAAAGCU